AUGCCUGCGCCCUCCAAGCAGCUAGUAGUCCCGGCUCCCAGAGACCAACCGCACCUACCGAAUAAGGUUUACUCCGACUAUUGCCAUCGGCUUAACGACAAGGAAGUCAGCAGACAGCGAUCUUCGAUCAGAGUUUUGGGAAAUAAAUCACCGAUUCGGAAAGUUCGGGGCUUGGAAUUCACCGCCAAAUCAAACUAUGAGUAUGUCCCUUCCAAGACCAUCGAGUCCACCUACUGUUCGACAACGCCAACGAGGUAUUUGGAGGCCAGACCAGUAAGCCCACAGAGACAUUCGGAGGACUAUGGCUCAGAGGAAAUCCCUAGCCGAGAUCCUUUUCUUCGGGAAAAGUGCCGAACCACUUUUGAUGGAAAGGUGGCUGAUACAUUAGAAGGUGCAGAUCCAUCUAGUUUGGCUAAUAAAGUUGCAGUUAAGCCUCAAGAACCUGCUCCGGAGUUGACAAAAGAAAAUGAAUCUUCCCAAGGUUAA